AUGAAAGAUUUAAAAGUCAUCGAUUCUUCUAAUGCAAAUUAUGUUCAAAAUAAAGAAGAAAAAAAGAGGAUUACCAAUGUAUGCUUGCAAGCAUCAACUCAGGGCAUGCACGUAGAUAUAGAAAAUAAAGAACCAAUAGAAACACAAAAUGUUUUAGAUAAAAAAAAUAUAUACAAUAUAUUUUAUAUCCGAAUACUAUAUGCCAUAAUUUUUUUUAUAGUGGGAGUAUUCAUACAAUGCUAUUUUAUAAUUUUGAGUGAUGGCUACUAUAAUACAGGAGAUACACCUUUGAAAGACAGACUACAUGAAUUAUACAAAAGGCCAUAUUUCAUGAGUCAAGAAUUUGUUAAUACAUGUAUUCUUUCUUUAAUGGGGAUAUCUUUUUUAAGAUUUGGGUUAUUUUCCCCUACACUAUUAGCAAUAACUAUGUUUAUUAGAAUAGCAAUUAUAUUAGGAUCUAUUUAUUCUAUAAGAUCGAUAUUUAUUUAUGUUACUACCAUACCAUGCCCAGUACCUACUUGUCAACCUCUUGUAAAUAAUGGAUUUCUUCAAAAUAUAUACUCAAUAUAUUUGAUUGUCUUCGCCAAAGUAUACGAAUGUACUGAUUUGAUAAUAUCAGGGCAUACUUGUUUUACUACUUUAUUUGUUUUCACAUGGUUAUAUUAUGAAAAAAAUUUGUUCAUAAAGUUAAUUAUAUUAUUAUAUUCCAUAUAUUUAUAUUUACUCAUUAUAAUAUCAAGAUUUCAUUAUACGGUUGAUGUAUUACUCGGAAUUUUUUUUGGGUCUACUAUUUUUAUUUUCUAUCACUGGCUUGUGGAUAUUGCUGCAAAGAGAUAUGCACUAAAUAAAUCAUUCUGUUGCAAGCGUCCCGGGUUUAAAGGAUCUUUUUCUGAUAGAAGUAUUGUACUUAAUUAUCUUAUUCGAAUAAUAGCAUAUAUGGAAGGAUUAGAUCAUAGGCUUAAUAUAGCAAUGUAUUAUGACAAAGAAUUAAGCGCUUUCUGUCCUUGCAAACCCGUAAAUUCCCAAGGGCUCAUAAUUAAAAAUAAUUCUGGCGCUAUGGAAAAUUAUACUUUUAGUGAGCAUUUUUAUCAUUCUUAUGCGGGAAAUGGCUCUUUUGAUCUGUCAACAAUAAAGUAUUUUAUAAGAAAAUUUAAACUCCUCACUGGAUAA